CUCUCCUCCUCCCCCUCCCUCAGUUGGUUGAGUCCUGGACGGAGCAUCAUGGCGAUAAACGGAGGGGGGAGGAACUGUGGUGUUCAUGAGCUCAUCUGUGCCCGACGAGUGUCUCCGGAGCUCCUGGGUGCCUUGUCGUCUGUCGCAGCCUUCCUCGCCUUGGUUGCUCUGUUUUUCCUCUACAUCAGCAACAAGCGGUCGGUGGAAAGUCCCGACACUCUGCUGCAUCUCAGCGACUACAGAAGCAGCCAGCCAGCCAUAUUUGACCAUUCAUUUUUCUGCCAUCCAUCCAUCCUAUUCAUCAUAUCUGUACUGGUAAUCUUUUCGUCAUCCAUAUUGCUUCCAUUCUCAUCUGCUGGUGGAGCCGUUCAUGCCUUUGUUCUGGUGCGUUUCUCUUUCACAUCCUUUUUUACAUCCCUCUAGCGAUUAUUCAUCAAGGCCACCUUUCAGUUUUCCUCUUCCAUCUAUUAUCCAUCAUCCACUGUAGGUACUUGUCUCGUCUAUUUUGCAUUUCUCUCCAUCUCUCUUUAGGUCUACGCUUGUUUGCCCAUCCAUGUUUUGCAUUUGCCCUGAAACAUUUGCAUUUGAUCCAUCCAUCCACAUCCUUCGCUGACACUGUAUAUGGCUUGGUCCAUCCAUCCAUCCAUGCGAUCCUGAUCCCCGUAUGUGCCUGACAUCCCAUCAUCCAUCACCUAAGUCUGACUCUCUAACCUCCAUUUGUGAAUCUCAUCCCAUCCAUCAAUUCCUCUCUUUCGUUCUGUCCUCAUGAUCAUCCUUCCAUCGAUUUAUCCACAUGACUCACCGUGCGCCUGACUUUUAGUCAUCCAGCCAUCAGCUUCUUUUAUGAAAACGAAGCAAUCCAUCCAUGUGAAUGUCAAUUUGUUGAUCUCUCUUCUGCCUUUCCAUUUGUCCGACUGACCAAUGCUGUAGCGGCAGGUGUCAAAAGACACUUUCAACAAGUUUCCACCUCACUGUUCACGUCACUGUGAGAGCCUUGGAUGACACAAACCCGUGGUCCGUGAGGCGGCGGCGGCGUCGGCGUCCCGGCUGAGGCAUGGCUUUCUUCAAAAGCUUCCAGCAGAACCUUCCAUCUGUCAACAUUUCCUCCAUCUUGGACUCGGUCAGCAGCCGCGUGGACGACUUGGCCACUGCGGUCAGCGACGUCACCUAUGCUGUCAGUGACCAGCUGACGGAGCAGGUCAGCACCAUCAUAAACAAGGUGCAAGAGGAGGAGGAUGGGGAGGCCGGCAGCAGCCAGGAGUCCGCUCAGACGGCCGGCGCACAGGAAGGGAAGUCGGCCAAUAAGAGCAUGUGGCCGAUGGGUCGAGACUCGGAAGUGGGUCUCACAAACUUCAUGAACAACCAGAGCAGCGACACCACUGAAGCAGAGAGCACUCAGAGUCAGCUGGAGUGGGAGUGGAGGGAUGGAUGCUGGAGAGUGAAGAAGACAGACGCCGAGUUAGCCGAGGAGGAGAGGAGGAAGAAGGAGGAGAAGGAGCUGCAGGAGAAGAGAGAGCAGAGGAGACGGGAAAGGAGAGAAAGGCAGAUGGAGAAAGAAGCCAAGAGGAAGAUGGAGGAGGAGAAGGCGGAGGGUAGCGAUCCAGAAGCAGAGCUGUCAGAGAAAACGGUCGGCAGUGAGGUGAUGACCAACGAAGACGACACCAAGCUGGGAAGAGUAGACGAACCUGUGGAGUCUGUUGAAAGGAAAGAAAAGGAGGAGAACGAGGACGAAGAGGAGGAGAGAGAAGGAAACCCCGACAGAGAAGGGGAUGACGAGCAGGAGGAGGAGCCAGAAGUCUCAGGAUCCAAGAAGAAAAAGAAGAAGUCUGACAAGAAAAAGGAAAAAAGUGAGAAGUCGGAAGAGACAAAGAAGAAGGACAAGAAGAGCAAGAAGAAGAAGAAGAAGAAACAGAAAGACGAGCAAGAGGGAGUUUUGUCCGACAGCGAGGAGGACAAAGGCCUGGAGGCUUCGGCCGUCCAGCAGAGUGCCACCAUCGUAUGGAGUAGCAAACACAAGGCCGGUGACCAGGGAGGCUACCACAGCGAGGGCUCCAGCGAGCAUGUCAACAGCAUCCAGAGAAUACAGAAGGACCCGUCCUUCCACGAGCUGCAGCCUCCUCCGUACCAGGACGAGGUCUCGGGAGUGAGGGGGACCUCGCGCUCCAGACAGGAGAGGGGUGUCCGCCGGGGGUCGCCCCCACAGCGCUGCCACAGCCCCAACGGCUCCAGCGAGGCCAGCGAGGACCAGGACACAGAGAGCUACCUCAACAAGGCUUGUGAGGAGGACAUCCCCAGCGACAGCACGGCGGUGGUGGGGCCAGAGGACCAUUCUGGGCCACUGCUGCCGUCCCCCUACGAGCCAGAACCUCUGGCCAAGUACGGUACUUUGGACGUGGCCUUCGAGUACGACUCCGGCGAGCAGUGGCUGGCCGUCACCGUCACCGCGGCGACCGACAUCCCGGCGCUCAAGCAGACGGGAAACAUCUCCUGGCAGGUCCACUUGGUCCUGCUGCCCACCAAGAAGCAGCGGGCCAAAACAGGGGUCCAGAAGGGCCCGUGUCCCGUCUUCACUGAGACCUUCAAGUUCUCCAGGGUGGAGCAGGAGGCGCUGAGCGACUACGCCGUGCGCUUCCGCCUCUACAGCAUCCGCAGGAUGAAGAAGGAGAAGGUCCUGGGGGAGAAGGUCUUCUACCUGACCAAGCUCAACCUGCAGGGGAAGAUCGCCCUGCCCGUCACGCUGGAGCCCGGAUCCGAACUCACAGGCUGCGGCUCGGUGGUCAGCGUGUCCCGCAGCGGCGGGGCUCUGUCCUACCGCUCAGCCGAGGACACCUCAUCCCCGGAGAUCCUGCUGGGUCUCAUCUACAACUCGGCCACCGGGCGGCUGUCGGCCGAGGUGAUCCAGGGGAGCCACUUCAAGACCCCGGCGUCUGAAAAACCCGUCAACGGGCUGUUUUGUUGUAUAAAACAUUUCGUAGGCGGACAACUUUAUAUCAUGAGAGACACAUACGUCAGGCUGACGAUGCUGGACUCCAAGGGGAAGCAGAUGUCCAAGUACCGGACCGCAGUGUGUCGCGGUCAGCCGAACCCGACCUACAAGGAGACCUUCGUCUUCCAGGUGGCGCUGUUCCAGCUGUCCGAGGUCUCGCUGGUGCUCUCGGUCUUCUGCCGCCGCAGCAGCAUGCGGCCGCGCGAGCGACUGGGCUGGGUCUCCCUGGGCCUGGACAGCACCAGCGAGGAGCAGCAGGCCCACUGGGCCCAGAUGAAGGAGGCAGAGGGGCAGCAGGUUUGUCACUGGCACACGCUCACGGACACAUAAGGCGUGGCCGGGUCACUCGCACCGAGGUCACCCUGGAGGUCGCCCCCCAGCGCCAAGAGGCCGGACCAGAGACGGGUGGAGGCUCUGGGUCCCAGCUGCAUGUGGACUGUUUACAGCACCACCAGGACACGUCUGCCUUCCUCCAAACAUUCAAGGGCUCCUACCAGCGGCACCAGCACGCCAUCACCAGAACCGGGACGCUGGUCCGGAACCAAAGGGCCCAAACUCAGCUGCAGCUUCGUUUACAAGUUUCCUUCGGAGACGUCUGUCACCGCCUGGUUCAUGCACCCUCUGCAGCUUACGCUCCUCACAGCAGCUGCUGUCCCGGCUAGCUGGGGCGCCAGGCUGCACCAUCGGGGAGAGAGACACACACAAGCGUUGACCACACAUUUGCGCCAAAAUCUAACUUGAUUUAACUCGGAAAAUUGAGAGAAUAAGUUCAAAUAAUUAAAGUUUCAUUUUGUCACAUUUCACAGCUCGAACCUUUACUUUUUUAAAAAUUAAUAAACUGAUGUUUGAUACUCAAACGUAUAACUCGAAAGAUUGUAACUCCCACUGAAAGCCAACAGUAAGAUCUUUUCCAUAUUUAGUUUAUAUGUUAGACUACAGAAAUGAAAAAAAAAAAAAUUUUAAUACAUUAAGAAAAAUUAUAUUCGUAACUCUAUAAAUCAAUGGAGAAAAACAAAUAUAAGAUAAUAAUUCUAAUAAUAAUAAUAAUAAUUCAAUAAUUCUAAAUUUUGCUGGGCAAAACCCAUAAAUUCAUAAAAUAAAAUAAAAAACCCUUCAGCUUGAAAUACAUUUAAAAAAAAAAUACAUGGAUGAAAACCACACUGCUAAUUAAAAAUAAAAUUAAUUGGAUUCAGAUCCUUAUCUUAACUGAAUUUCAAAUAUUGAUUUUUUUUUAAACAAAAAAAAAAAAGACAAAUACUAAAGAAGUGAAACCCGGGGUUCAUGGCGGCUCCGUGGACAGACGACAGCAGCUCAACUUUAUAAACAACCAUUGUUUUCUUGUUUUUAUUUUCCAAUGCUGGAGUUUCUGCCGAGUCAUCAUUCAAUGCAAGGGGCUAAACGCUGACUCAUGGUUUCACAUAGUCAUUGGGGGGAGAAUUCCUAACUCAAGUCUGGGAAAACCAGCCACAGAGCAGAGCAGGGCGGAGGGUGCAGGAUGAUGGAGGGGUGGUGGGGGGGGUCCAGACAAACACCACCUGAUCUCCCAGCUCUGGCUGCGCUGCCAGCUCAUCGGGUCCAAUCAAGAAUUUCUGUCAUGAAUCAGCGCUGUGUUUAAGGGGAUCCAGAUUAAUCUGUGGAGGUCAAAGGUCAGCAACCAGGUCUUCAAAGCGGAGGACGCUCCAGCGCCCCCUAAUUGACGUGGCAAGCCCCUCCCCUGCUGAGUGGGCUGGUUUUCCGGGACGCGACCCCCCUCCCCCCGACUGAGCACUUUUUAUUGCAUGUUCAUAUAAAAAUGUUUUUCAACAAUAUUUUCAAUAAAUAUACAGAAGGAGCGACUCGCGUGGUGGUUGGUCACAGAAGGGCGUCGACGCCACCCCAGAGCGGAACGGCCGAGUUUCCAAGUACAAUUUCACAUUUUCUGAAAAUGAGCCUGGAAUUGGUUAAAAACAAAAGGUGGGUUUUAUAUAUAUAUAUAUAUUCUUAAGGAGUUUCAAUAAAGUUAACAAAAUGAAAAAAAUAUUUUUUGUUUGGACGACCAUUUUCCCAAAUGUGUUUUCAAAAGUAUUUCUUUCUUUCACACUAGAAUGAGGCUUCAUUUUGGGGAAAAAAAUGAAUCAUGAAGUGACAGAAAAACAAAAAUCUACAUUUUUUUAGCCAAUUAAAUGUGUUUUAAUUGACUGUUGAAUAAUUUAAAAAUAUGUCACAGUCUGAGCAUCAACUAAAAAAAGUAAUAAAAUAAUUUUGUGGGGAAAAAUCUUUAAAAGAAAUGUAUUAAAAAAGAAUAGUUUGAACUCAAAUUAAAAAUCUGUUUUAACAAAAACGGAUUAACAAUAUAAGACUUAAACUCAGAUUUCCGACUGGAGUGAACGCAGCACGCUUCUGAAGAAAAGGGGGUUCAAAUAAAAAAGGGGGUUGUUGCGUUAAAAAGUAGCACGUGACGGAUGGAGGACCACGAGAGCUGGACCAGGACCAGGCGACCUCAGGACCUCGGGUCCUGACCCGACAUCAUCGUACCGAUUUGGCAAAGAAAACAUUCAUCACCGUAAGAAAAAUUAAAGUGGAGCCAAUAUGGCGACAGCGUAAAGUUUCCGUCCGCGUGGAAAAGUCCAGAACAGAAACGCGUCCUCCUCGACGGCCCGACGCUCUAAAAUCUGUUUUUGGCAGCGAGACUGUGGCAGGGGAGGGGGAAAGAAAA